UUAACGACGACGACGACAAUGAUGAAUCCAUCGUUUAAAAAAAGUACGAAUGGUUUCAUCAUUUUAGAUAAUAAAAAUGUCUAUGAUUGGACUGUACAUGAUGUUGGCCAUUGGUUAGAACAGAAUGAUUUUAGCGAUUAUCGACAAUUAUUCUGUGAUCAUCAUCGUAUUGAUGGCCGUGUAUUAAUCAAUCUAACUGCCGAUGAUCUUCGUUCUGACCCAUUAAAUAUACAGAUUUUUGGUGAUAUAAAACGAUUUUCUAUGGCAUUUGAUUAUCUACGAUCUAUUUAUCUAUCAUCGAAUAAUUCAAUGGAAGAUUUUAAUAAAAAUCAUAAUCAUCAAAAUACAAAAUCAACCAUUUCCUCACAAUCAUCAUCAACGUCAACAACAUCAUCAUCAUCAAAUAGACAUUCAUUAGUGCAACCGAAAUUUUCCAAUGGAAGCAAUAAAUCUAUAAGCAAUCAGAUGCAACCACCACUAAAACAAUAUUCUAUCCAUUCAAACGAUCAACGACAACAACAAAUACAAAAUCAAAUGGAAAAUAAUAAUGAAAAUAUACAGGAAAUGGAAAUAACAUUUAAUGGCCAUAGUGGCAAUGACGACGAUGAUGAUGGUGAAAUUGAACGUAUGCGAAUUUAUAAUGAUCAUGAGGAACAACAGCAAUCAAAUCUUACCAUUCUAUCAAAUUGUUCAUCAUCAUCUUCAUCAUCACCAACAGCAUCUAUUGGUUGUUCAUCAUCAUUUACAUCAUCAUCAAUAUCAUCGAAAGCAAGUAAUCGAUCCGAAGAUAAUGAUGAUGACGAUGAUUAUGCUGAUGCAAACGAAAGUGAAUCAACAAUGUUGUUGAACCAUGGUUCUAUUAUAAAUAAUAAUCAAUUGAAAUAUCGAAAUAAUAAUCAUCAAAUUCGUAUUGUACCACAAUUGACCACAAGCAAUGAUUUAGCACAGAUGAUUGCCAUUUCACAUCCAGGUCAAAAACAACAGCCAAAAUCAUCAACAGUGAAGAAUCGAAAUUCUAGUCAUCAUCAUCAGCCGCAAUCGUCAUCCUAUCAGCGAAAUAAUUAUCAAAAUAUUACAAAUUAUUCUUCUACUUCAGACAAAAAACACCGAAAACAUCACCGUAAAAAUAAUCACAAUCACAAUCACAACCACCACCACCAUCAUCAUCAUCAUCAUCGUCGUGAAGUUCGACAAGAAUCAUGGAAAGCAUUGAUUGCUCUGAUAUAUUUUUUCUCAUCCACUUGGGUAACGGCCAUUGUAAUGGUUAUUGUACAUGAUCGUGUACCAGAUAUGGAUACUUAUCCACCAUUGCCAGAUCUGUUAUUGGAUAAUCUUCCUUUGAUACCAUGGGCAUUUGGUAUGGCCGAAACAUGUGGUCUAAUCCUGUUUAUCAUUUGGGCAUUAAUAUUGAUUUUCCAUAAGUAUCGAUUUAUUCUUUUACGUCGAAUGUUUUCAUUAUUUGGUUCUGUAUUUCUUAUCCGUUGUUUUACGAUGGUCAUUACAUCGUUAUCUGUUCCUGGUCGUCAUCUUCAAUGCAAAGCACGGCCAUACGGCACAUGGACUGAACGUUUACAUCAGGCAUAUCUUAUUUGGCAAGGUGGUGGUAUGGCUCUACAAGGUGUACGAACAUGCGGUGAUUACAUGUUUAGCGGUCACACAGUCGUAUUGACAAUGCUCAAUUUUUUCGUUACUGAAUAUACACCGCCUAGCCUUUAUCUAAUUCAUACAAUGUCCUGGGUACUUAAUCUAUUUGGUGUAUUCUUCAUUCUUGCAGCUCAUGAACAUUAUUCAAUUGAUGUGUUCAUUGCAUUCUAUAUAUCCACUCGUCUAUUUCUUUAUUAUCAUACAUUGGCCAAUAAUCGAGCUUUAUAUCAAAGUGAUCGUCAUCGUACACGUAUAUGGUUUCCAUUAUUUUCAUUUUUUGAAUCUGGUGUAUCUGGCAUCGUACCAAAUGAAUAUGAAAUACCAUUCCGGCGGCAAAAAGAUAAAUUAAUUAAUUAUCUUUCAAGAAAAAUUUGUCAAAUAUCAUGGAUACGAGCAAUAUUUGAUCAAGAUGAUUAUUAUUAUUAUAAUGAUGAUGAUGAUGAUUGCGAUCAUGAUCAUCAUAAUGAUUAUGAACAAUCAUUAUCGGAUUGGCCAUCCGAUCAAUCUGAUCAUAAUAGUGAUAAUAAUCCAUUACUUAUAUCAUCAUCAUCUACAACAACAACAACAACAACGCAGCCACAAUUGGCUCAAAAUUCAAAAUUAAAAAUUCAAUAAAACACAUAUAUACAUAAAAAUCCAUCCAUUCAUCUAUCAAUCUUGUUAAAUUGUUUUCCCAUUAUUAUAACAUUUACUUUGAUAAAUUUAUUAACUACUACUACUACUAUAUAUAGAGUUUUUAAAAAAAUUGAUGAUCAUUGUGAUGAUA